CGCAGUUAUUUACAGAGCGCCGUUAUCCGAUUACAUUGACACCCGCAAAAAAACUGAUUUCCUCCACCGUCCUUAUCGCGUUUAGAAAUGUUUUUUAACGCUUUACUAGACCAUCAUUCUUUUCACGCGAGACAUCAUAACUGUCGGCAGAACUGCUGGAUCAAACUUAUUACUCGACCGGAUUAAUCAUUUAUAAUUUCGAAGAAUCCGCGUCGAGCUCUCAGACAAGUAUAAAAAACAUUGACUGAAAAAUUGUAGCAGUUCAGUAAAGGAAAGAAUAUCCUAAUUGUUUAUUUUGUUUUGUAAAAGAACUUGUAAACAACAACUUGGCAACAGCAGGAUACGCAUCGAAAUUUGAAAGGCCGUAUAAAAUCGUCUGCUUCAUGGAAUUCUAUACUGACAAAUUGGAUUUUUGGAUUAUAUAUUGUGCCUUGAGUUAUAUUAUACGUGCAAACUAUAACAAAAGUUUGGAAUAAACUGGUUUAUGUUUUAUCUUUGAAACUAUUGUCUUGUUAGGUUCCAUUUGAAAUUCUGGAAAAAUGAUCUUCAUCUCAGGCUUCUGAAGAUUUAUUAUAAAAUAUCACCGUAAUUGGAUUAAUUUACACCUUUAAUGACUGCUUCUAAGAAUACAGAAAUGGAAGGUGCCUUUGGACUAGUUGCACUGACAGAUUUUCCACCUAUACAAUACAGUUGCUUCUUCGUGCCAUGCAUGGUUGAGGCAGCCAAAAAGGCUGAUAGCCAAGCAGCAGAGUUGUCCAACAUUCUGCGUCCCAAAGAGAAAGAGGGCGAGAUUUCCAAGAAACUCCAUUCUCGGAGUAGAGUGCACCAAUUCGCCAGAAAUGCGUUUGGUUCUUCCAAAGCAAGCGUCUCCUCAAAGAGCAAUGGCAAUGUGGAGGUUAGCGAAGGCAAUGGAGAACCCCAGAGAACAACGGUUCCCGACCACCUGACACUACUGCAGCUUCUAGCGCUUAAUGCUCUUGAUCUUACUGCUCCUGCCAGCAAUGUUUUAUUGAAGAAUAGAUUAAAUAAUUGGGUGCAGCUAUCGGGUCAUGAAGGUUCAUUUGCACCAGCUGGACCAGGAACAAUAUGGAAAAAAAGCUCUCCUGAUCGGGUCGAAAUAGAGGCUUAUCAAAAGUUAAUGAAAGACACUCUUGCUUCAAUGGUGCCUCAUUUCUACAAAGAUGUUCAGUAUAACGGAGAAUAUUUUAUCGAAAUGCAAGACCUAUUAUACAAUUUUAAAAAUCCUGCAGUCAUGGAUAUCAAAAUGGGAACAAGAACAUUCCUUGAAUCAGAAGUUGAAAACACAAAAGCCAGAAACGAUUUAUAUGAAAAAAUGGUUAAAGUAGAUCCUACUGCUCCUACACCUGAAGAGCUUGAGACAAAAGCUAUUACAAAGCUUAGGUAUAUGCAAUUCAGAGAAAACCUGAGUUCAUCAGCUGAGCUGGGCUUUAGGAUAGAAGGAUUUAAGGUGCAUGGGGAAGAACCAACUAAAAAUUUAAAAAUGUUAAGGUCAAAGGAAGAUAUCUGCAAGACUAUGAGGCAGUUCUUGAAUGAAAGUGAAAAAGUCAGACUGCAAUUAGUUGCAAGGCUACAAAACUUAAGGACAAAAUUAGAAAAGUCUCCAUUUUUUCGCACACAUGAGGUGAUUGGUAGCAGCAUUUUGAUUAUCCACGAUGGAAAAAGGGCUGGUGCUUGGAUGAUUGAUUUUGCCAAAACAUUACCUCUUCCUGAAGGUGUUACUGUUGACCAUCGUUCAAAAUGGACUCAUGGAAACCGUGAAGAUGGCUACUUGACAGGACUGGAUAAUUUGAUUAUGGUUCUGAAGGAAAGUGGAAAAGUGAAAAACAAAAGCAGUGCUUGUUAAAAAAACUUGAAGGAUCUUCAAAUUUAGUUCAUUUAUUUCUAUAGAUGUUUUAAAUUUCUGAACUUUCAUAUAGUCAUAAUUUUGUAAUUAAAAAAAAUCAUAGGCAACUACAUAAAUGCCUGUAAAUUUUUUGAUGUUCCUAGCUUUCUGUGUACUAAAAAUUCUGCAUAAUUCAUCUUUUUAUAUUCAUACUAUUUUCUCACUGCUGUAAAUUUGCUGAAAUCCAUUUGUUUAUCAAUGUGUUUUUCCUAUCUAAUAUUUACCUACUGUUGACCAUGUAAAAUGAUGAAUAUGCUUUUCAACAUCUCCAUAGUUUUGCAUUCGGAACCUCAGGACUUGUUAAGCUUUCCAUUGAAAAAAGAGAAAAAAAAAAAAAAAAAAAUUGUAAUUAUCAGUAUUGUUAUGUGGGAGAAUGCGAAAAUUCAAUUCUAUUGCAUUCUUCAAAAUGACAAAUGCCUUUCUUUGUAUAUGUGCCAAAAUAAAUGUUGUUAGAAUCUGUGACUCAGUUUGAUAUGUUUCCCACAAUAGAAAUCCCAUGAAAUGGAGCACUAUUGGUGAAGAACAAGAAACAGUAUUAAAUAAUCUGACUGAUAAAUAAUUGAUUUCCAUCUGUGAAAAAUCUGUACAUAAGUUAAACUGUUAAUGUUGACGACUCAACUUAUUUGAGGCUUGAUUGUUGUAUGUUGUUUUUGUAAAUACUUUGUAGCUUAUUUAUUAUAAUUAGGUAAUAAAUUUUUCUCACAUA